UAUAGAAAAUGUCUGAUCAAAGCUUCGAAGAGGAAUAUAUGAAAAAGGGAAGAAAGAGAGGAAGAAAGAGAUGUAUCCCAGAAUAUGCUAAAGAUAUGAGCGCUGAAGACCUGCAAAAGGAAAGAAACAAGAGAAAUGCGAAGAAGAGUAGAAAAAAGAAGAAAGACUAUGUUGAGCAUCUGGAAAAGGAAAUAGCCAAGCUUUCAGAAGAGUUAAAGGGGGCUAAAUAAGAUCAUAGCUACUUACAAAGCGAGAGAACAUCUUUAUCAGACUGGUAGCCAGUCAGGAUACUCUAAGUUGAUAAUGACCCAGGAGCAGAUUAAGAUUAAAACUGAAGAAUUUUUGAAGGGAAGAGACUCUUUUCCAAAGGAUUAUCUUAAAUAUAUCUCUACAAAGUUUGGUGCAGAUGGAACAGAGAGAAGAAAAGUGAUCAAACAUGCUUUUAAAGUUAUAUUCGAUAAUUUGGUGCCAGAUGCUCAUAAACUCUUCAUGCAGUAUAACAAAAUGAGCAAGAGAGUAUCCAGAGAAGAGAUAGCGGCAAAGAUGAAAAAGCUGAAGGCCACAAAGAAAGCAGCAAACGAGCUAAAUGGAAAUGAAGAGAUUUUCUAUGGUCUUCUUCUUGCACUAAAUCUUGAUAAGGACCAAAAGAGAAGCCUUGCAGAGUCUCAGGAAUAUAUGCAUAGCAUUUUUACAGAGUACCAAGAAGGAAUUCACUCACUUGUAAAGAAUAGGAAUCAAUUCCUGAGGACUAUGAAGAAGUUGAAGGAGUACAUGGUUAGUACUAUAAAAUUGUUAAAGCCAUCACAGCUGAUUUCCUUCAGUAAAUUCUUUAGGAAGGUGGAGCAUUCUCCCUCAAUCCAGUUUCAUGAGCUAUGGGAGGUGAAUAGAGGACCUAGCUCUAGCGAGGAAACCAAAGAAGGUGUUAUAGUUUUGUCUGAGGAUGAGCCCUCAGAGAACUCGGAUGCUGAGAUUCCUCCUGUCUCUGAAAGCGUUAUCAAAUCUAUCGAAGGAGACAAAGAUGAUGGAAUUAGUAAAGCGAUGUCUACAAGGAAUCUGGAAGAGCUAAAAUUGAAAGAUGACGUAAUGUCUCAUAUUAAUCAACCUGAGAUAUCUCUGAUCUUGAAUAAUGGAAAUCAGUUGGAUAAGAUCCCUCACUCAGAUGAGAUCCCUUGCUUAGAAGAGGGAAUUGACUUUGGAAUGUCAGAAGAUAUGUGUGACUAUUCAGUAGAAGGGCUCUACCACUCUUUGCUGAUUUAGACCCCAUAUUUUUUAAGUUUUAGGACCCAAUAGCGCGAC